AUGUACGCCUUCUACUCCCUUUUAGUCUACAUCUUCUACACUGUCUUUAAGAAGGAGGAGGAGGAAUCCUUGGAGGGGGCGUGUGGAGCUUCCUCAGACGAGCCAGGACCUGUUUCCAUGGAAACAGGGAGCAGGAGGAGAGAUGGCCACACCCCCAAAAUGGGGAAAAAAGCUUGUGCUCGCCUUAGUGAGUCAAGCAGUAGCAGUGACAGUGAUGAAAUGUCCCUGAGUGAUGAAGAUGAGGAAGAUGGCCCCGACAUCCCAGCAUGCACUCCUCUGGCUGCCUUUUUGUCCUUCAAACAGGAGGCUGAGAAGCGAAGGGCCUCACAAGUUCAGCUGGAAACAACAGGAAAGUUGGCAGAGUCUCCCCUGGUGGCGGUGAUGUCCCACUUGCUGAGUUUUCUGGAGCAGUACUCCCAUUUUCAGCAGCUACAGCAGCAGGCCGACCAGUACCGGGUCCAGCUGAAGAGGCACCGCGUCCAGCACCGCCGGCAGAUGAAGGCCCUGCGAGCCUCCUACCGCCAGCGCCUCAGGGACAAGAAUAGCAUCAUCAGCAGCCUGGAGGAAGCCAUCAGCCAGCAGCAGACCCCCAGCCCACUGAGCGAGGGUGCUCCAGGCGAGUCCAGCAGUGAUGCAGGGACACAAGCUGGGGUUCACCGGCUGGUGGAGUCUCUGUACGGCCUGCAGGGUGAGAGGAGUAAGCUGAGAGGGGAACUCCAUCUGCUGCACUCACAGCUGGAACAGAAGGAAAGAGACCGACACUCGCGCAUACAGGCCUUUCAGCAGCAGGUUGAUGAGCUCAAGAGUUGCAUAGAGGAGCGCGAGGAGGAGCUGUCACGACUGAGAACUGCCACCGGGGCCACAGACUCAGAGAAGCGAGUGCUGUGUCUAUCAGCAGAGAAUGAGAGUCUGAAACAAAACCUGAGCGUCACUCAAGGCCUCCUGCAGCAGCUGUCGGCCAUCCCCUCCCAGUCCAGCACCAUGCUCAUCAAGGAGAACGAGAACCUCCGCAGCAGAGUGCAGCAGCUGGAGAUGUCCCUGCAACAGCGUGCUGAGCAGCUGUCGCAUCUGGAGCGACAGAGCGAACAGAGCGAGUGGAGGAGAGGAGAGGAGCUGAGGAAACGAGAGGACAGAGUGAGGGAGCUGCAGCUGGAGUUGGACAGAGAGAGAGGGAAGGAGCCAGUGGUGAAGUAUGUCACCCAGACUGUGGAGGUGGAAUCACCUGCCACAUUAAAGCAGCUGACUAAAGCCAGACAGAGGAAUGAGCUGCUGUCCGAAAAGCUGUCCAAUCAGAAUGAGAGGUGCAAACAGCUGGAGGAACAAAUUAGGAAGUCGGAUGAGUACAGCUGUAAUCUGCAGCACAAGAUUGCAGCUUAUGAGCGAGAAAUCAGCAAACUGAGAGAGGAACUGCUGAAAGAGAUUGGCCACUUGGAGGAGAGGAAGGAGGAGGCCGUAAAGGCCGCCGCCAGCUGCUCGGCAGAACACUUUCAGAAUCUGCAGGACCAAUUCUUCUGCCUGCAGAAGCGUCUGACAGCGCUCCCACCGACUUUACGCUCCAUGAAGACAGACUACGCCAGUCUGAGGAGCCAAGUUCGAAACUUCUCAGACUUUUACGGCGCAGCUAUAAAUGAAGCAAAAAAACAGAUUUCAGCAGCCAUCAGUGAGAUGUCCGAAGCCAACAAAGAUCUUCUGGAGAAAUACAGGAAAGAAGUUGCACUGCGCAGGAAGUACCAUGAGCAGCUGGUGGAGCUUAAAGGCAACAUCCGCGUGCUGUGUCGUGUGAAGCCUGUGCUGAAGGAGGACCAGCGCGAGGAGGGCCAGUCUGUGGUGGUGACGACAGAUCCCAACAACGAGUCCUCCCUCACUGUGCUGAACAAAGGGAAGGGUCGCAUCUUUGAAUUGGACAAGGUCUUCCACCCUCAGGCCACACAGGAAGAGGUUUUUCAGGAGAUUGAACCUCUUGUAACGUCCUGCAUCGAUGGCUACCACGUCUGCAUAUUUGCAUAUGGACAGACUGGCUCUGGAAAAACCUACACCAUGGAGGGCAGUGUGGAGAACCCAGGAAUCAACCAGCGAGCCCUGAAACAUCUCUUCAGCGAGAUAGAGGAGAGGAAGGACAUGUGGUCUUACACUGUCACUGUCAGUUCUGUGGAGAUCUACAACGAGGUGCUAAGAGACUUGCUGAGUAAGGACGGAGAGAAACUGGACAUUAAGAUCAACCCGGACGGAACAGGACAGCUGCAUGUGCCGGGCCUCAGGGUCAUCGAAGUUAAGAGCUUUCAGCACAUUAAGAAGAUUUUAGCCACAGCCCGAAGGAACAGGAUCACCUUUGGCACUCAGAUGAACCAGCACAGCUCCCGCUCUCAUGCUCUGCUCUGCAUCACGGUGCAGGGCACUGACCUCGCCACGGGGUCCAAAACUACCGGCAAGUUGAACCUGGUGGACCUGGCUGGCUCCGAGAGAGUAUGGAAGUCUGGAGCGGAAGGAGAGAGGCUGAAGGAGGCUCAGAAUAUUAACCGCUCUCUGCUGGCAUUGGGGGAUGUAAUUCAGGCACUGAGGGCUCGGCAGACUCACAUCCCUUUCAGGAAUUCCCGCCUUACGUACUUAUUACAAGACUCCCUGGGAAAAGGCAGCAAGACCGUCAUGGUGGUGCAGGUUUCUGCUCUGGAGAGUAACGUGGGAGAAACAUUGUGCUCACUGAAGUUCGCCCAGAGAGUGUGCAAGGUGGAACUGGGCCCUGCAGCCAGGAAGAUUGAAUCGGGUGGAGGGCAGUGCGAUCACCCACCCUAACAAUGAAUCAUGCCGCUACAGUUUCAACAAGAUCAACAGCUUUGCUGCUCAAGGGCUAAAUCUGUGGAGGUCUAUUGCCAACCUGCAAUUGGUUUGGUAUCGAGGAUAUUGGCCUCCUCUUUGCCAUUGUCUGCUUCUGACACAUGUUAACCCUUUAUAGUUAGAUAAUCUGCAU